GGGGCGGGGCCUGGCUGGGAAGCCGGGAGCCGAAACUGGACGGGUCGGGUGGGGCCUGGCUGGGGUGCAGUGAGCUGAUUCUGCCCCGGACAGAUGUGCGGAGCCGGCUAGGGUACUGGCUGAACGGGCAGGGCCAGAUUCUAGGGAGGAGGAGGGAAGGAAAUGCGGGGUUCGGAGUCGAGAUCCGAGAGCCUCUCCAGACCCCGCAACCCAGAUACAAGGCCCCUCGCGACGUGGGGGUGAACCUCGCCCUCUUCUACUGGAAGCUGCUGGCCGUGCAUCUGGGCUUCAUUAUCGCCUUCGAGAAUGUAGUGUUCUUCCUGUGCCCCAACGCCCAGCUCGUGCCCGAUGUGCCAGCCCUGGCUACCAAGAUAACCGCGCGAGCGCUACCUGGCCAAGCAGGCGGUGGCAGACAACCGGGAGAUGCUGUUUCAGUCAGCAAGGCAGGCGGAGCCCGGCCCCGUCCGCACCAUAAUGACCAUAAUGACCACGCCCCUUGGCCUGCCCUCAAGCUUUAGCUCAGCCCUCUCAAGUUCAGCACUCUCUAGCCCCGCCCCCUUAUUUGGCCUCGCCCAUUGGAGGGAUUGGCUGGACUCCCUGUAGUUUCCGCCUUUUCCCGCCCAUCAUUAAGCUCCGCCCCCGCCAAGCCCCCUUUUCUACUUUAUCUGCAAGCUGGGGUUGGGGGCUCUGUUCUGGAGAGCCAGCCUGCUCAGCCUGACCAAGCUAUGCUCUAUGUCCGCAAAGGGGACGCAGGGGCGUCCAGGACGCAGGGGCGAGUGAGGCAGGGCUGCCCUUCCAGGACCCGAGGUUCACCAGGAUGGGGUCCUCUGGCUUCCAGUUACGCGUCUGGGCAGUGUCCCAAGGCCGGUCCGGGAGUUGGAUGAGAGGAUUGGAGUUCCCUGGAGACCUCCAGACCUGCAUUGCUACCCUUCCGUGUUCCUUGCCUCCUGGCCUCUGUGCAAUGCUGACAAUAAACCUGUCUCUGCGUCCCAGCCUGCCACCUCUCCACGGCCACCUGGUCCCCACCCACACGGUGCAGUGUCUCCUCACUAUGUGGCAAUGCUCUAGGGAGCCAAAGUGAACAUGGGGGAGCAGAGGGACCCUAAUCACUCUGAACUUAAUGGCCGUCGGUUGGCAGCUAAGGAAAAUACUCUGGGGCCGGGCGCGGUGGCUCACGCCUGUAAUCCCAGCACUUUGGGAGGCCGAAGAGGGUGGCUCACCUGAGGUCAGGAGUUCGAGACCAGCCAAACCAACAUGGAGAAACCCCGUCUCUACUAAAAAUACAAAACUAGCCGGGCGUGGUGGCUCAUGCCUAUAAUCCCAGCUACUCAGGAGGCUGAGGCAAGAGAAUUGCUUGAACCCGGGAAGCGGAGAUUAGGGUGCGCCGAGCCAUUGCACUCUAGCCUGGGCAACAACAGCAAAACUCCGUCAAAUAAAUAAAUAAAUAAAUACUCUGGGGGACUAGGACAUGGGCCAUGAAACCUCUGCUGUGUAUUCCGAGCCUGUAGUGUAUGAAUAAUAAGACCAAUAAGAGUUUAGUUAGGUCAGCCGAGACACCCCGGAUUACACUUUCACACACUUUUCACCACGAGACCCUCCUAAAAGCCUGGUGAGGCAGUACCAGGCAGUGGUGAAGGACUCAGGUUGGUGGUGGGGUCAGACAGACCUGGGUUUCUUUUCUUUUUUUUUUUUUUUUGAGAUGGAGUCUCGCUCUGUCACCCAGGCCGGAGUGCAGUGGUGUGACCUCAACUCACUGCAGCCUCUGCCUCCCCACCUCCCUGGUUCAAGCGAUUCUCCUGCCUCAGCCUUUCGAGUAGCUGGGAUUACAGGUGUGCGCCACCACGCUCGGCUAAUUUUUGUAUUUUUAGUAGAGACAGAGUUUCACCAUGUUGGCCAGGCUGGUCUCAAACUCCUGACCUCGUGAUCCGCUGGCCUCAGACUCCCAAAGUGCUGGGAUUACAGGUGUGAGCCACUGUGCCCAGACUAUUUUUGUGUUUUUAGUAGAGACAGGUUUCACCAUGUUAGCCAGGCUGGUCUAGAACUCCUGACCUUAGGGGAUCCACCCACUUUGGCCUCCCAAAGUGCUGGGAUUACAGGCGUGAGCCACUGUGCCCGGCCAGACCUGGGUUUCAAUACUAGUCCUGCCCCUUAUUAGCUGUGUGACCCUGGGCAAGUUAUUUAAUCUCUUAAACCUUAAUGUCAUCUGUAAAAUAGGGACUUCAUAGAACUGAUGAGAGAUUUCAAAGGGAUAAUGCUCAUGCCUUAACUUGUUAGUUGGCCCCCCAUAUCCUCAGGUUCUGCAUCCUUGGGUUCAACCAACAAUGCAUGGAAAAUGAAAAUAAAAACAAAAAAACCCAAAAAUAAUGACAAUAAAAAAUAAUGCAAAUUAAAAACAUUACAGGAUAACAACUAUUUACAUACCAUUUACACUGUAUUAAGGUGUUAUAAGUAAUCUAGAAUUGAUUUAAACUGUACUGGAGCGCCGGGCAUGGUGGCUCAUGUCUAUAAAUCCAGUACUUUGGGAGGCCAAGGCUGGUGGAUCGCCUGAGCCCAGGAGUUUGAGACUAGGCUGGGCAACCUGGUGAGAUCCCAUCUCUACAAAAAAUACAAAAAUUACUCAGGUGUGGGGGUGCACACCAGUGGUUCCAGUUACUCAGGAGGCUUAGGUGGGAGAAUCACCUGAGCCCAGGAGGUCGAUGAGACUGCAAGUGAGCCCUGUAAUUGCACCACUAUACUCCAGCCUGGAUGACAGAGUGAGACCCUCUCACUUGAGGACAUUUUAUUUUAUUUAUUUUUUGACAAUAAAUACAUAAAAUAGACUGGGUGCGGUGGCUCAUGUCUGUAAUCCCAGCACUUCGGGAGGUUGAGGCGGGUGGAUCACUUAAGGUCAGGAGUUCAAAACCAGCCUGGCCAACAUGGUGAAACCCUGUCUUGACCAGAAAUAAAAAAAAUUAGUAGGGUGUGGUGGCAUGCGCCUGUAAUCCCAGCUACUGGGGAGGUUGACACAGAAGAAUUGCUUGAACCUGGGAGGCAAAGGUUGCAGUGAGCUGAGAUCCCACCACUUGCUCCAGCCUGGGUGACAGAGCAAGACUCCAUCUUAAAAAUAAAUAAAUAAAUAAAUAAAUAAAAUAAAAUAAAAUAAAAUUUACUGGAGGAUGUACAAAGGUUAUAUCAAACACUAUGACAUUUUAUACAAGGGACUUGAGCAACCAUGGAUUUUGGUAUGGGAAGGUUCUAGAACCAAUUCCCCACAGAUUCUGGGUACCAAGGGACAACUGUACUCACCUGAGAAGUGGCAGCAGUAUCUACCUGACAGGGUCAUGGUGGAGAUUAAAUGAGUAAAUACAUGUGAAGUGCUCAGGACAGUGCCUGGCACCUAGUAGGUGAACAAUAAGUUAGCUUCAUGAGUAUUAGUAUGUGUACACAUCUGCAUAUUAAUAUUAGGUGCCUGGCAAUUGCUGGGAGCUCAAACAGAUGGCAGGUCGAAUUAGGGGAAAAAUGCAGCUUCCCCUUCCACAGGGUUGGGAAGAUUGCAUGCCGGGCAUAGAGCAUGCCCUUCUUAUUGGAGGCGGUUUGACUUGGCUAUUUGACUUGGUUUAUUGAGGGCUCAAUUGGUAUAGUCUGGGAAGGCUUCAUGGUGGAGGCGGCCACUGGAGAUGGUGGGGCAGGUCAUUCCAGGCAGUGGGAAAGGAUGGGGAUUUGCAAGCAGUGGCUGUACUAGAUGAGGAGAGGCCAUCCAGGAUGAUGCCAGAUGUCACAUCGUCAACUUUCAGGAUUGAUGUCUGUCUCCCAAUCAUAGGGAUAAGUGUUCCAAUUUGAUAGAUGUAGUAAUAGGAUCAGAGAAGGUCAUCAGGGUUCUCAGGGUGCCUGAGGAGUGCAGGGCUUGGGAGGCUCUCCGUGAAGCUCCCAGGAUGCUCCCCAGCUCCAAGAAGUUCCCUGAGCAUGCUCAUGUUUGGGAAGCUCCAGAAGAGUGGUGACCUGUCUCCUAGGAGCAGAAGCACUGCCUCCCCCGUCUUUAGGACUUGGGUGUAGGGUCCUUUAGAGCCUCACUUGGGCAUAGGACUCCCAUUGUUCCAGCCCCCCUCUUGUACCCCAGACUAGCCAAACCGGUUCUGGGGAAGGGGGGUGGGGAGCAGGCACGUUGAGACAGCCGCCUGCCUCUCUCUGCAAGGUUCCCUCCUCCUUCACCUCCCCCUCCCUGCCCCGCACAAUACCCAGGAGCUUGCCUUGCUCGGCUCUGGGGCCAUGCUGACAUGCUGACAUCGCCCCCUGAGGACUUGGCUGCAACCCUAGAGCCCCCAGGGUGUCCCGGAGCCCUGGACCGUGCUGGCAGCUGGACGGAGCUCCCUGGCUGAGGGCCAGGUGGGUGGCAGAGCAAAAGAGGAAUGGACUGUGGGCCACCUGCUACCCUCCAGCCCCACCUGACUGGGCCACCUGGCACUGCCCGCCGCCCUGUAGCAGUGUGCCAGCAGGAGAGCCUGUCCUUUGCAGAGCUGCCUGCCCUGAAGCCCCCGAGCCCAGUGUGUCUGGACCUUUUCCCUGUUGCCCCGGAGGAGCUUCGGGCUUCUGGCAGCCGCUGGUCCCUGGGGACCCCUGCCCCUCUCCAAGGGUUGCUAUGGCCAUCAUCCCCAGGAGGCUCAGACACAGAGAUCACCAGUGGGGGGAUGCGACCCAGCAGGGCUGGCAGCUGGCCACACUGUCCUGGUGCCCAGCCCCCAGCUCUGGAGGGACCCUGGAGUCCCCAACACACACAGCCACAGCGCCGGGCCAGCCACGGCUCGGAGAAGAAGUCUGCCUGGCGCAAGAUGCGGGUGUACCAGCGUGAAGAGGUCCCCGGCUGCCCCGAGGCCCACGCUGUCUUCCUAGAGCCUGGCCAGGUAGUGCAAGAGCAGGCCCUGAGCACAGAGGAGCCCAGGGUGGAGCUGUCUGGGUCCACCCGAGUGAGCCUCGAAGGUCCUGAGCGGAGGCGCUUCUCGGCCUCGGAGCUGAUGACCCGGCUGCACUCUUCUCUGCGCCUGGGGCGGAAUUCAGCAGCCCGGGCACCCAUCUCUGGGUCAGGCACUGGAGCAGCCCGGGAAGGGAAAGCAUCUGGAAUGGAGGCUCGAAGCGUAGAGACGAGCGGGGACCGGGUGUCGCGGCCAGCCCCUGGUGACUCACGAGAGGACCAUGGCGAUUGGUCCGAGCCCAGGCUAGACACACAGGAAGAGCCGCCUUUGGGGUCCAGGAGCACCAACGAGCGGCGCCAGUCUCGAUUCCUCCUUAACUCCGUCCUCUAUCAGGAAUACAGCGACGUGGCCAGCGCCCGCGAACUGCGGCGGCAGCAGCGCGAGGAGGAGGGCCCGGGGGACGAGGCCGAGGGCGCAGAGGAGGGGCCGGGGCCGCCGCGCGCCAACCUCUCCCCCAGCAGCUCCUUCCGGGCGCAGCGCUCGGCGCGAGGCUCCACCUUCUCGCUGUGGCAGGAUAUCCCCGACGUACGCGGCAGCGGCGUCCUGGCCACGCUGAGCCUGCGGGACUGCAAGCUGCAGGAGGCCAAGUUUGAGCUCAUCACGUCCGAGGCCUCCUACAUCCACAGCCUGUCGGUGGCUGUGGGCCACUUCUUAGGCUCUGCCGAGCUGAGCGAGUGUCUGGGGGCGCAGGACAAGCAGUGGCUGUUUUCCAAACUGCCCGAGGUCAAGAGCACCAGCGAGAGGUUCCUGCAGGACCUGGAGCAGCGGCUGGAGGCAGAUGUGCUGCGCUUCAGCGUGUGCGACGUGGUGUUGGACCACUGCCCGGCCUUCCGCCGAGUCUACCUGCCCUAUGUCACCAACCAGGCCUACCAGGAGCGCACCUACCAGCGCCUGCUCCUGGAGAACCCCAGGUUCCCUGGCAUCCUGGCUCGCCUGGAGGAGUCUCCCGUGUGCCAGCGUCUGCCCCUUACCUCCUUCCUCAUCCUGCCCUUCCAGAGGAUCACCCGCCUCAAGAUGUUGGUGGAGAACAUCCUGAAGCGGACAGCACAGGGCUCUGAAGACGAAGACAUGGCCACCAAGGCCUUCAAUGCGCUCAAGGAGCUGGUGCAGGAGUGCAAUGCUAGCGUACAGUCCAUGAAGAGGACAGAGGAACUCAUCCACCUGAGCAAGAAGAUCCACUUUGAGGGCAAGAUUUUCCCGCUGAUCUCUCAGGCCCGCUGGCUGGUUCGGCAUGGGGAGUUGGUAGAGCUGGCACCACUGCCUGCAGCACCCCCUGCCAAGCUGAAGCUGUCCAGCAAGGCAGUCUACCUCCACCUCUUCAAUGACUGCUUGCUGCUCUCUCGGCGGAAGGAGCUAGGGAAGUUUGCCGUUUUCGUCCAUGCCAAGAUGGCUGAGCUGCAGGUGCGGGACCUGAGCCUGAAGCUGCAGGGCAUCCCUGGCCACGUGUUCCUCCUCCAGCUCCUCCACGGGCAGCACAUGAAGCACCAAUUCCUGCUGAGGGCCCGGACGGAAAGUGAGAAGCAGCGAUGGAUCUCAGCCUUGUGCCCCCCCAGCCCCCAGGAGGACAAGGAGGCCAUCAGUGAGGGAGAAGAUUGCCCCCAGGUUCAAUGUGUUAGGACAUACAAGGCACUGCACCCAGAUGAGCUGACCUUGGAGAAGACUGACAUCCUGGCAGUGAGGAUCUGGACCAGUGACGGCUGGCUGGAAGGGGUCCGCCUGGCAGAUGGUGAGAAGGGGUGGGUGCCCCAGGCCUACGUGGAAGAGAUCAGCAGCCUCAGCGCCCGCCUUCGAAAUCUCCGGGAGAAUAAGCGAGUCACGACUGCCACCAGCAAACUGGGGGAGGCCCCUGUGUGAUGGGCAGCCAUGGCCUAGGACCCCACCUCCAUGCCUGGCUCUUGGAUGGUCCUGGAGGGGCCUGCAGUGUCUCCAUGCCCCAAGCUGCUCCUGCUGGCACUUCGCUUCUGUAGCCUUGGCAUUGAGGGCACAGGCUGGACACAGGAAUGGGGGCGCCUCCAGUGGGUCUCUCCGUCCUCAUGCUCCUCAGUGUCCACACAUCAAGGCCAAGGGUAGUUUCUUCCUCCGACAUGGGGACCAUAACAGGUGAUCACUGAUACCUGGCAAAGACUGGGGCCCUCUCUUUUCUGUGUCCUCAAUCCUGCCUGACUCUUGGUCCUUCUGGCAGGGACCUGGCUGGGGAAUGUUCUGGUGCUGAAGGUGCUGGGACCUAUAUGUAUAUUUAUAUAUAUCUGGGGUCUUGUCUACCACCUCCCCUGGUCAGAGCCCAAGUGGGUGCUGGUUGCUGUGUCUUGUCUGUAAAUAAACUCCUAUCAUGCCUUU